UAAAUGUGACCAAUGAGCGCGUGUGUUUACUCUCCUGGAGCGAAGAGGCACGGUCGGCGCCGGACAAGAGAAUCGCCGCUUUGGAGACUCGAUUCGCGACUACAGUGGCCUAUAGAGAAGCCCGAGACCGGCGAGCGACAACUGCUGCAAAACCCGUUUGAGAGGAACUAUAAGGACCGAACCACUGAAAUAUGCUUUCCAAAACAAGCGACAUCAUUUAUCUGACUGUUUUUCUUCUUGAUUUCUAAUUAAAGAUAUUUAUUGUUAUGCACGGAUAUAACACACCAAAAAGAUGAUUGAGGACUUCAACCUGAGCAGGAGAGGCGAGCCUUCCACUAAAACAAACGCAAACGGAUUACACUACACAGGUUUCCUCUGAUUUCCGCUUGAUUUGGGAUUAUAUCGGCUGUUUUGUUUGGAAUGGAGGGUCGUGAUUUCUCCGCUCCGGCACACCUCCUCUCAGAGCGGGCCACUCUGGUGCACCGCGCCGCCUCUCGCAUCUCGUCCUCCGGCCACGGCUCUGUUCAACAUGCGCCUCAUUUUCCACCCGGGAAAUAUUAUCCUUCUCACUUACCGAUGGCGGCGCAUUCAGGCAGUGGUCUGAUGGGCAAUUCCUCAGCCUCCUUCAUGGGGACGUUCCUGGCAAGCAGUCUAGGCUCUCCUCCCUCACAUCCACCACACUCUUCCAGACCUCCGUCCUCUCCCUCCUCUCCUCCUUAUCGUGGGGGUCCUCAUUCCAGCGCCUCUCAGAUCUGGUUCCCCCAUUCACAUGAAGCAGUCCCAGGGUAUCCUCACUUCUCAGGGAGUCUAGCCCACACCUUUCUUCCCAUAAGCCAUUUGGAUCAUCAUGCCAACAGUGGAGUCCUCUAUGGACAGCAUCGCUUUUACGAUACACAAAAAGAGAACUUCUAUUUAAGAAGCCUUCCGUCCCAGCCCCCACUCAUUUCAGCCAAUCACAACAUCCAGCCUAUGUCAAGGGCAGGAUCAGGACAACCCCAGGGCUCAUGUAGCAGGGACAGAGAUGCAGGAAGUGGAGUGAACUUACACAAGGGCCUUAAAGAGCCUAACUUAGAGAGAGGGGUGGCUUCAGUUGCAAAAGAUAAAGACAGACCUAGUAACAAACAUGAUUCUAAAGAACGCCAUCACCACCAACUACAUCAUCACUCCCAUCAAUCCCAGCUCCACCAACAGCACCCUGUCACCAUGGAGGAGAUGACUAGCAGGGGACACAAAGCCACUCUACCCAUGGAGUACAAGGAGCAUCAACAGAAUAUGGGAAAACCUCUUAGUGCCUGUCUGCUCAACGGCAAGGUGAUAAAUGGAGAACAUGGGACUGGGCCAAAGGUCUCUAUGACUACUUAUGGUGUCGAUGGGGUGGGCAGAGGUAAUGUAGGGUCCAAUAAUGUUCAGAACAGACAUGUGGGCAGUGGCGCUAACGGUCGCUGUGGUAAAGAAGCGAUAAGUGGGGAGAUGCGGAUCAGUGAACAGCAUUCAACAGACUGUCUGGAGCGAGGUCAGACACUGCAGCAUUCUCUGACCUACUCAGUACCUCCUCCUCUGCCCAUGGCCUCAGCUGCUGGAGGGGGGCAUCCUGGUGGAUUUCACUGUCUGCAGCUUCACCCUGGCCACCCCCAUCACCCACAUCACAACCGGCACACGCACCAUCACCCUGAAUUUUUCUGCCCUCCACCGCCAGCCCCUAUGGGAAAUAAUUCAGUACAUGAUAAAGGGAUCAGUAGUGGUGGAUGCAGAGACCCCAAAGCGAACGGAGCCACAUUCGUUCCAUCUGUCAACCACCUUGGGGAGAAAACCAGAGGCCCCUUCCAGAUGGGCAACUCAGAGUGCCAGGGGGUUGGGGGUGGAGGGAACAGUGUGAAGGACAAGACCAUGGAAAAAAAUGGCAAUGGGGGACAUCAUGGUAACUGGCCUAGAAAACAACAACAGCAGCCUCCGACUCAGCAGCAACAUCCAUAUAGAAAAGCCGAAAAGGCCCCUGACUGGAUGCAUAACCACAACCACCACCACCACAUACAGCAACAACAGCAGCAGCAGAGCCAUCCCCAGCAACACCAGUCUGUGCGCUCCCGCAGUGCUGAUUGCAUCAACAGCAUGGAAACAGACAUUUUCAGAUCUACACUAAGUCAAGAGACAAAGGCUGUACAUCCUUUACCAAACCAAACCAACACUAAUUCCCAAUCUUACAGGGAUUGCUCACACUCCGGACCCCCAACCAUUCCCUCACCUCUGGCUGGGAAAACCAUGGCUCAGCACGCAGGUGGAGGAGGACAUGGAAGCUGCUCUAUGCAGCGAGAUGGACAGAAAGUUGCCCGUAUUCGUCACCAACAGCACAGCAGGGCGGGCCCGGACACCCCAGGUACAGACAUGGCGCAGGCUAAUGGUAACCAGGAGAUGAAGCAGAAGAUGGAAAUGUCCCCUUAUGGCUACAACAACAAUGCACAGCAUCACCCACAUCAGCAGCCAUCAGUGCCACCUUGGGCCAUGCAGCCUCAUCACAUCCACUCUGAAGAAAAUCAGCACAAAGCUUAUAUGGAACCAAACAGUGGAGCUGCCAAUAACAGACCGCCCACACAGCAGCAGCACCAAACAACAGGAAUGGGUCCCCCUCCUCCACCCCUUCAUCCAGCUCCUCCUCAAAACCAGCAGGAGGUCUCAGGCUCACAGGGAGAGAAUAGUGCCAUGAAGAACCUUCUGAAGUACAGCAACCAGCAGUCUCUCCCCCUGUCACAGAAAAGCCCAUUUGGAGGACUUGGGAGUCUUAAAACCGGGCCAAAUGGCACCAGCUGCUCUCUUCAGGGAGGCAAGCAGACCCUACCUACCAGGAAAGGCCAAAGCCAUGAAAAUGAGCGAGGUGAUUGUGGGGGACGGGGCCGAGAGAUGGGAGAGGCCCAACAUCUAGAGGGGGAGGUUCGACAGCCUCCAGUAGGGAUUGCAGUUGCUGUGGCAAGACAGAGAGAUCCUCCAUGCCAAGCAUCAGGCAGUCAUCCCAGCAGCCGACAGGGGCGGGUGCACUCCACCAUGAAAGGCACUCCACGCUCCAUGUAUUCUUCCGAUUUACCAGGAGAGGAGGAAAGGAAAAGGACAAGUAUAGAGCACAUGGGCCACCGGUGUAUAGAAAGAGAACGAGAUGCGUAUAUCAGGGAUAACAAGGAAAGAGUGGAAUUUGCACACAUUCAUCCGUCUAAUAGUUGCCAUGGUGACCUCACCUCUCAUAUCAUGGUGCCAGGUGGCACUUCAAUGCAGUCUGGCCAAUUAGGAGAUCCGGCUUCACAUUCACACUCUGCUCACCACCACUGGAUGCCACGCACAGGAAGUCCCUCCCUCUGGAUGACGGGUCACUCGUAUGGUAUUGGCCACACAGCCCUGCAUCAGAAUCUCCCCCCUGGGUUUUCUGCAGCUAUGCCUGCCCCUCUCCAGCCAGUUCUUCCCCUGCCUCAGGACCCUUCCACCCAACUGGUAGUGCUGCCCAGUGAGCCUGCCACUCAUCCAUCUACACACCUUGAUGUGAUGGAGCAGCCUGGUCUGUGGCCCCCAGUCUACAGGGCCCGCGGGGCACACUCCCACAUGCAGCAUCCUUCCGUGUAUCCUCGCUCACAGUUUCUACGGCAACAGGAGCUUUAUGCUCUGCAGCAACACCAGCAGCUGCAGCAUCAGCAACACCCCAGCCAUCACACACCACCACCUCAAACACACAGAGCCGCAAACAAUACAGAGCUACAGCAGAGAGACACAGCUGACCAUAGCCAGUCUAUUUUCAAGGUGCAAAAGAAAUCAGAAGAGCAGAGCAUGGAGCUAGAAGACAUCCUGUCUGAUCCGAGGACCCCCAAACCCCCUAAGUGCUAUGGCUAUGGCCCAUCCAGCCGUGUGUCCUCACCCGCGAGGGGCUCCACCGCCCACUUGUCACCCUGCUGCCAGUCCCCUUGUAUGCGGCCUCACCCUAAAAGUACACCCUCUACACCCUGCCCUGCCCCAAGUCCAGUCGCUGUUACACCCUGCUCACCAGCCAUCAGCCCAUCCCCAUCACAGCGACUCAAAUCUGUGGAGUCCCAGGAAAAGAGGGUGGAAGGGCAGCCACCACAGGACUACCCUCAAUCCAUGGAGCCAGAUUUGCCACCUGGAUAUACCUAUCCAGAAAUCAACAUGGGAUACAGGAAUGGUCCCAUGACUCAAGACGUACAGCUGACCGAGCCUGCCGAUCUGGAGCCUGUUCAGUCUGAAGCUGUUGAACACACUUCUCCAACUCUUUCCAGUUUGGGAGAGGGCCUAGAAUGUCAUACAAUGGUGAGGCCACUCCAAGAGCCACAAGCGCCAACAAUGGAAGUCGAUGCCACGAGCCUGGUAGAGGAACAACACGAGGGUGUGUUUGUGCAAGGGGAAGAUGUGGAGACAGUCAUGGCCAUGGGAUGCUGUGAGCCUGUAGAGGCUAAUCAGGAAAAGGAGCAUGCAGAGAUCAUUUGUGUUCCUGAUGAAGUUCAAGAUUGUGAAGUAGGACAGUCACCUACUCUAUCUUCUGAGGAAGUCAUUCAUGAAGAAGAACCAAUUGCUAGCUUUGAAGAAAAAGUGGAAAAAGAUAUACCUCCUCAAGAGACUGAAGGCAUUGAAACGUUAAAAGAUCUGGAACCUCCAUUAACACAAAAACCAUGUGCCUCUGAUUGUUCACCCACAACCCAAGAAGAGGAUGCAGUGAUUGGUGAGGAAGAUCAAGGGUCAAACUGUACAACGGUUGCACCAUCAACAUCGAAUACCUGUUCCCAGAGUCUCACAUCAAGCUACUGGAGUUUGGAGCUUCUGAUUGCUGCAGCCUUCUGUGGUGACUGUCCUCCUCCCUCUCCACCCUCCUCCUACCAAUCCCAAAAGUCUUGUGGUCCACUGAACUCCACAUAUCACGGCAUGGAGUUGCUGAGUGAACUUGCUGAUCUGGAACUGCAACGGUACCACCAAAGUUGCAGUAAAACUCAAGAAGAAGAUCAAUGGAUUUUUGACCUUCAGAGCCUUGCUACUUUGGCAGCAGCACGUGCCCUUGAAUUGGGCUCGCAGGAGAGCGUCACCACAGAUGAGAAGCAGUAUCCUGCUCGAAGGACUCUCAACUUACGUAGAAAAUGCAGCUGGACACCUCGCCAUGAACCGGUAUGUCCAGUGAAAGGUACCAUGGACAGUAUGGAUGGACAAGAGUUGGAGAUGCGUGUGAGGCUAGCAGAGCUGCAACAACGUUACAAAGAGAAGCAGAAAGAGCUUGCCAAGCUUCAGAGGAAGCAUGAUCACCAGAAAGAGGAGACUCCUCGAAGUCCCGCACGUCGAGGGCCUGGUAGGCCACGCAAGCGGAAAUCAGUGCCAGGUCUUGGCUCAGGAGCCCUUACUGAACCCCAGAAAAAAGUAAAGUUGGUGGGGGCGGGGCUAAGUCCACUAGCAGAGGAGCGCGGAGACUCUCAGAAAAAGAGGAAAAAACUGUCCAAUCGAGGCUUUAGCCGUCUAAGCUCUGCGCAGAUGAAAUCACAGUGUUAUCGGAAGAACAGCACCAUAGAUCAACAAAUUACACAACUCAAGCAGAGAGUCCCAGGUGGACAACAUACAUCUGGAACCACGGCAUCCAAGAGCCUGUACUCUGGCCACAGCGGCUCUAAAAGAGACUCGGCACAGCUCAGCACAGCCAAUGAGUCUGAGAGCCUCAGCGACACAGCCACAAGUGGAGACAGUGGAACACAGGAGAGCUGGAAGCGGCACGAAUCUGUGGCAGGAAAAAGGGAAAGGAAGAAAAGUCCAGGAGCAACAGCUUGUUUGCAGCAGCCAGGGGCCAGGAUCCCGCAGGGAAGGAGACAGGAGGUGGACGAGGAUGGGGAGACGUCACCCCCAGAGAGCGAGUCCUCUGAGCAAGAGGAAGAAGAAGAGGAGGGCAGUUAUGGCAGUGAGGAAGGCCAAGACGUCAAAGCUCCAGCAUUCAGAGAUCUGUCGUUUAGCCCGGCUGUUACAGGCCCCUCCCCGUUCUCUGUGGUCAAACUGGAAGCCAAUCAAAAAGCAAAGAUUAAGCGAGAACGACAAGAACUUUAUGGAUCUCAGUUUCAUGCUGUAACGGAGGGGGAUGUGAAGGUCAAACAACGGACCCCCUGUAGAUCAGUCCCCAUCACUGUCUCCAAACCUCCAAGUGCCAGAAGACGACCAGGCAGGCCAAGACUGCAGGACAAACACUGGUCUGGAAUGGGUGGAAGGCCUUGUCAUUAUAGGAAGAGUAGCAACCUGCUUCCAUUUCCUAGCAGCAGCAGCGAAAGACUGAAGAGAGCCACUCGGAAGACCUCCAUGCUGAGAGCCACGAGGAGAAGUUACUGGUCAACUAAAGCCCAGUCUCCAGAUAGUGAUGACAACGGCAGUACUCGGAGAACCAGACUUCGAGAGUCUAAAGGUCGAGCGGUCAGCCGUCUGAUGGAGAGUUUUGCAGCGGACGAGGGCUUCCACUUGGGUGAGGACAGCAGCUUCUCGGAGGAGGAUGAGGAGAGGAAGGUGUCAGCAAGCUGCAGAAUUGCUCCAGCUCCUCCAAACUGUGUUCUGACCAAAGAGCUCCUGACCGAUGGACUCAAGAUUCUGAUCUCCAAAGAAGAUGAACUUUUGUAUGCUGCUCGAGUGCAACCUCUGGAGUCACCCGAUGUCUACAGCAUUGUUAUCGAUGGGGAGAGAGGAAACCGGCCCAGAGUCUACUCCCUGGAGCAGCUCCUGCAGGAAGCCGUACUGGAUGUACGCCCUGACACUGAGACUGUGCUAACAGAAGGGACAAGAGUGUGUGCCUAUUGGAGUGAACGCUCUCGUUGUCUUUACCCGGGAUAUGUGCGAAGGGGUGGUGAUGAAAGUAAGCCUGGUGGAGUUAUGGUGGAGUUUGAUGAUGGAGAUAGAGGGUGGAUAUCCCUCUCCAAUAUUCGCUUCCUUCCUCCUGGGUACCAAAUCCAAUGUACUGAGUCAAGUACUGCACUCAUCCCUGAGGUACACCCAAGUAAAAAUAGCUCUGAGCAAGAAAGCAGGACUGUGAGUGAGAAGAUGGCAAGGGCGGACAGGUUUAAAUCUCAGGAGAAGACUGUCAGAAGGCCAGGACGACCUAAAGGUUCGGGGCUAAAGAAGUCUCUCUCAGACACCGUAGCCAAGAGCUCAGCAUCUGCUCUAACAUGGCCAUCAGUCGCUGCACCCAGGAAGAGAAUGCCUGUUAACUUUUUCCAGCUCAAUGGCUCAACCUCGAAGAAGACCUUGAAAAGCAGAGUGGUAGAAAUAUCCUCUCGACCUACAGUAUCCAUGACCACACCAACCAAAGGCCUCUUCAGCAGUAGCUCUUUUGAAGUGGACUCAUUCAGCAGCAUAGCUAAUGGUUAUUCAUCCUUUGGCAGCCAGACAUCUGGCAUUUCACUGGAGGGCAAGAACACCUCUUAUAGUCAAAAGAAGAAGGCAGAGGAGUCGGCACCACCUCGGGGCAGGAAAGUAGAAUUUCUAGUCAAACUGGAUCAUGAAGGUGUAACAUCUCCGAAGACCAAGAACAGUAAGGCUCUCCUGUUGCUGGGAGCCUCAGGCUUUGGCUCCAGUGGGGUGGGUAGUCUGCCCAGGGCAGAAGUUUAUUCACAUCCAGUUCUGCUUGUGAAGGACAACAGGAAAGGAGAUGGCUCAAGAGCAGAGCUCUUACUGAAAAGGACAUCAAUCCAGAAGAAAGCCUCACCAUCACUGCACUUAAAUGAGUAUGGAGACUUAAACCUUGGAUGCCACAGAGACUGCCAGAGCUCUUACUCGGAUAUGGAUGAGGAAGAGGUGGAGAUUAGGACAGACAGCAAUGCGCUUGCUUCCGCCUCUGGAGGUUUAAGGACCGCUGGUCAAUUUCUCUCUCGUAUCUCAGUCUCCUCGUCUUCCUCAGGUUCUUCCAGCUCCUCCAGCUCAGGCUCUCUCUCAAGUUCUAGUCUGUGCUCUUCUGACAAUGACUCCUCUUACAGCUCGGAAGAUGAGGAAAGCUCCACGCUGCUUCUCCAGAGCUGCAUGACCCCUCAUCACUCUAUGCUUCAGACCACUGAAGCACCUGUGGGCCCCUCACGGCACACUUUUGUGGCCAAAGCUGUGGCCGUGUCCAGUGCCAAAGGAGGGCAAAGCAAUCACAAUACAGGCAGCAAGCAACUGAAGAGAAAAGAGUGUGCCAGUUCACUUUCCAAAUCCUCUAAAGAUCUAGUUAAGAGGCAACGGCUUCUAGCAGAUCAGACCAAGCCCAGAGUGUCUCCAAUCCUGCCACCUAGACAACUUUGGAGGUGGUCAGGAAACCCCACACAACGACGUGGACUUAAGGGAAAGGCCCGGAAGCUUUUCUACAAAGCCAUAGUACGUGGCAAGGACAUCGUGCGGGUCGGAGACUGUGCUGUGUUCCUUUCAACUGGACAUCCUCCCCUUCCAUUGAUCGGCCGGAUAGAGAGUUUCUGGGAAUCGUGGCAGAACAGUAUGGUUGUGAAGGUCAAGUGGUUCUACCACCCUGAAGAGACCAAGCUUGGCAAAAGACAUCGCGAUGGCAAACAUGCUCUGUACCAGUCAUGCCAUGAAGAUGAAAACGACGUCCAGACAAUCUCUCAUAAGUGCCAGGUGGUCACCUGUGAGGAAUAUGAUCGACUGACCCGCAACAGGAAGUCUGACGGGAGCUACCAUGACCUGUACUAUCUGGCCGGCACUUACGACCCCACCAGUGGCCAGCUACUCACCGCAGAUGGGAUGUCCAUACUCUGUUAGCACUGGACUUGCGUGUCUGUGAAUACUACUGAGCUGCUGUCUUCGGUCCAAAGUCGGAGAUGUUGCUUUGACCGAGGACCAGUUGGCAGACUACUACCCUCAUCCCAAUAAACUGUCUAAUCUGGAAGGAGACUCCUGCAUGCUUCUACCACAGUAGAUGCAGCUUGUCCAUAGUCCAAAUUCUCUAUGGACCAGUUGUGGAUCUUAAUCUCCAUGAACCGUUGUCUGACCUUUGAUCACCAAAGCAAAACUCUUGGUUUGGGGAACAUGGCGGAUGACUUUGAAGACUUGAGCCAUGUUGUAGUCUGCGGUGUGCGUGGUGCACUCUCCGUACGUCACUUUCAUGAUUCCAGGGAUAUUUAAGUAAGCAUAGAUAUAAAUAUAUAUAAUAAUUUCAUUUAUGUAUAUAUAGGGAAAUUUUUCCUAUCAAGCCAUACACUUAAGUACCUCUUAACAUGUCUUUUUAUUCAGGUGUAUAUUGUACAGGACAGAUCGCUUGUAGGGUUUUGUGUGUGUGUUUGUGUGUGUGUUAUUUUUGUCUAUAUGUAAAUAUUUGAGGCUAUUUUAUAACGUACUGUACAGAGGCUUAUCUUAAAACCAUGUUUUAAUCGAUUGAUUUAUUUUUGUAUAAGUGGGUAAUAUAAUAGUUGUUGUUUUUCUGUGAGAGGGUGGACUGAUGAUGUAUGCAUUGCACUGCACACGGCCUGCUGAUACAGUGAGAGAGGAGGCGUCCCGGUCCCAUUUUCUCCUUCAGAGACAGGGAUACACAGGACGCUAUCCUUUUAUCAGCUGCACUUUGGGCAUUUGUUCCUCUAAUGUCUUACUCCAGUUUUUUGUUGCUCAUGUUUGCAGACUCUAAACACUUUAACGUUGCGUCAAAGGGAAAAAAAUUGACACUUUAAAAGUAUUCGAUUUGCCAUCAGUGGUCUACAAAUAACGAGAGUCUACAAAUAAUGAGAAUAGAAAGGGAGAAUCUCCUAAAGAAAUGUCUAACUCAUAACCAACACAAAGCCUGGUUUUAUGACCGUUUAAACUUAUGCAGUGCAACAUUAAGCACAUUUCCCCCUCUUUCAUUGCUGUAAUGUGGGAAAUUUGUUACUUCCCAUUUAAAUAAUACAGCAAUGAAAAUCAAAAGGACUGUUUGGACCACACUGACUUUUUUUUUUUGUGAGAUUCGCCUACAACACUGGUAUGUAAUGCCAGAAGAAACUGAUUCCAUGUGUUAUUACUGUAUCUGAUGCAUUUAUUUUGUUCUCAAAUGCAUCCUGCACUGUAUUUCCAUGUUUCUUUGCCUUUCAGCAAAGUUUUCACCACAUUUUCAACGCUACCACCCAUCAAAAUGGGCUAUUUUUGUUGGUGGUGGAAUACACCUGAAUCUUUAUCUUAGUAUCCCAGGGUCAGGGCACUAAAGGCAAGGGAUUGUUAGAGCACUAGGCACAGUUGGAGUUCAUACACUGAAAAAAAUGAUUCAUUGGAUUGACAAUUUUUCCUUAAGGUAAGUGGUUGCAAACUAUUUAUAUUGGCUAAAUUAAAUUAAAUUAAAUGUUAUCAUGGGCGGC